CAUCGGUUAGACACAGUUAUGAAGUUUGCACUGGCAAUUUGCAGUAUAGUGCUUUUAGCACACAUAGCUGCGACGAUCACAAAGAAAACGACGACAGCAAAGCCUAAGAAAGCUGAAGCCUACGGCUAUGAUUCACGAGGACAAGGUAGUAACUAUGGACGCCGCAACGGUUACAACAUGCACAAAACAAAUAAUGGCAAUUAUGGACAAGGAGACAAUGGUUACAACAAUGGCAGAAGCAGUGGUUAUAAUAAUAACGGUGGUGGUUACCCAAGCCAUGAUGGCGGUAGUGGUUACAACAACAAUGGUGGAGGCAGUGGUUACAACAAUAAUGGUGGAGGCGGGGGUUACAACAAUAAUGGUGGAGGCGGAGGCUACAAAAAAACCUCGAACCAUAGAAACUAUGGAUAUCGCAUUUGUCCGAACCAGACAUUUUAUGAUGACGUUUACAGAUGGAGCGACAUUGGAAAUGGAUACCCAAUAGCCACUAUUACUACAGAGUUAGGAAUGCGUGCCCAAUUGCUAGCCUGCCUGAUGCUAAGAAUGCCGCGGCCCCGUAAUCCAACGGUGCCAGCCGUGGAUCCCAUGCUGGGUCUCACUAAAAAAGCAUGCAACAGUACGAGUAUGACACUACGAAGCUAUUUUAGCGCCAACCCCAUGAACCUCGGACGAUGUUGGGCUAUUACAUCGCAGAAUAACGCAAAUGGGAUGCCGAUGGUGCUACAGGCACCCAUCAGUUUCGUAAAGUGCCAGUAUGAUAUCGCAACACUUGCACUCUGCUGUACGGUGCUUCUAGCACACACUGCUGCGGCAAUCACGUCCAACGAAACCACAACGACGGUUCCAUCGCAGCCGAAGAAGUCUGCACACUUUGGGUUUAUGUUUGGCAAUCGCGGUGGCAUUCCAGUUGUUGGUGGUUACAGUAGAGGUGGUAACGUUGGCUACAACAGACCAGGGAGACGCAGCAACAGCAAUCAUGUAGGCUACAGCGGUACACGAAGUUCAUAUCCCAGAAAUAGCGGUAGAGGCAGUGGUUAUAACAGUUAUGGUGGCAACAGAGGCACCUCCAAAAAUGGUGGCGGCAGUGUUUAUCCUACACAUGGUAGAGGCGGUGGUUACCCCAGCCAGAGAGGAGAUAGAUAUGGAGGCAGGCAGGGAGGAGACAGAUAUGGAGGCGGUAGUGGCUACCCCAGUCAAGGAGGAAAUAGAUAUGGUGGAAACAGUGGCUACGGUGGAGGCAGUGGAUACUCAGGAAAUGGUGGAGGACACUCCGGGAAUGGUUACGGGAAUAGUGGAGGACAGGGGUACAACACGUAUCCAACUUUCGGAAAGAGGGGAUAUCUCAUGUGUCCCAACCAGACCUUUUUUGAUAACAUUUACAGAUGGAGCGAUCUUGCAACCGGAUACCCACUAGCUCAAAUAAACGUAGAGAUAGCUGCAAUAGCUGCACUACGAAUGUGCCUGGCACGUACGAGACCGGCCGUCACCGCUCCGACAGUACCAGCUACGGACCCCAUGCUAGGAACCGUUAGAAGCGCAUGCACCAAGACUCAAAUGACUCUUCGCAGCUACUUCAGUGUCAAUCCAGCUAACAGGGGACAAUGUUGGGCGCUCGCGCGACAAGGAUUGAUGACCUACGUCAAAUGUCAAAAUGAAUUUUGCAACAAAUGCAAGGCUCACAAUUACUACGGCGAGUUUGAAAGCCGAUGCAUCACUACAUACAGUCGUGUGAGUCUGUGGGCCUACUGCGAAAACAGAGCAGUUAACAACAGAAUUGUCUUCGAUACGAUCCUGUUACCUACCUGCUGUGAGUGUGGGUCCAUCAAGUGUUAUCGCAAUCAGCACUAGAAUUGACCUAACACGUUCAACUCCAGCUGCGCAAGUACUGACCCUAACAAAAGUCCACGCAAGAUGCACAAGUAUCGACCACUUGUCAAUACCACAACGAACUGAUACUUAUUAUUUACUUGAAAUGCAACAGGAAAUAAUAGUUUUUACUUACCUAAUACGGUUACAAGAAUAAUGACACUAUUAUUUUCAUUUUAAUCAACAGUUUUACUUACCUUGUGCGGUUGUAAAUGUAACACAACUGGCAAUAAAACUGUUUAAAACGCA